AUGGCCGCCCCUCCGGCUUAUCAGGCCGUGGACGAUGCACCCGCCCCCGUCCCAGAUGACCUCAUAUCCCCAUUCACAGAUCUCCAAAUCGACUCCCUCCCCCACGAACCAGACUCCAGCACAUGCCUCGCCCACCUCCGUCUCCUCUUCGCAUUCGAAGCGCUCAAAGAGGAUGUCGGCUACACAGACGGUCUCUGGGAAUUGUGGGAUACUCGCGCCGAUGGAAACAUGGUUGUCCAUGAGAACGGCGACGUUGAUGAACAUCCCGCCGCGGGGGAGUUUAACCGCGAACUAGAGGAUAAGAAGAAAUCACUGAGCAAGAUCCGUGAGAAGCGGUGGGCGUUGUUUGUUGCUAGGGCUGUGGAUCGGUAUGAGGCGUGGUGGAAUUCACUCCCGAGGGAACUGAGCCCGUUGACUGAGGGUGUCAUGACUGACAAGAACUCUCCAUCUUAUGCACAGUUUCCUGUUGGUGAUGCGCCUCGUUGGUGGGAGAAGAAGACCCUCCCGCCGCUUGACGUGUUGAUGGUAUAUCACUCUCACAUGCUGAACCCCCACAACUUCCUCGAAGACUGCAUCCGACAAGGCCACCGUCAAUUCUGGCAGUCCGGUAUGCCGUGGGGUCUCGUCAACGCCGCCAUCGACGGCUCCUUCAGCUACAAUGUCUCCGACGACGACAAGGCUCGCUGGGUCGCCCAAACAGGCCGUCAAUGGGAUAAUGUCGACGAUCCUCUCGUCAAGACCAUCUCUUGUCCUAACAAGAACUGCGCUCAAGCAUUUGACGUCCCCUGGACUACCUGCGGUCUCGAGGAAACACCCAAAUCCCCAGAUCGACCUGGACUCAUGGGCGCAGGCUACGGCGACAUCAGGUUUGAGGCGCGCUGUCCAAAGUGCAAUACCCGCGUGACAAAAGAGACCCUCAGCGUUGCAAAGUUCUGCAAAGAUGCUGAGAACGUCGUCUUAAAGAGCUAUCCCAUGCCGGGCACGAUUCUCUGGCCUAACAGCGGAACCCCCGUUCCCAUCACCGUUCGCCAAGGGAAUUCAUUCGUCAACGCACCAUUUGAUCAGCGCAUGUUUCCCAAUCGCAUGAUUCAGCAUGUUUUGCGCAUUCAGAUCCAGAAUCUUCUUGAUUCACCUGAUCCUGAGGAUCCGCCUACCAUGGAGACUGUGCGCAAGUUGAUUGAGUCCGAGGCACUUCUGAAACCGAGUGCUCUCGCUACUAUCAACGGCAGCGUCGCCAGGGGCCGGGCGGGCCUCGUCCCGGCUUUCUCAAAAGUUUGUAUCAGAAAGAUGAUGUCUCGAUACUGGGAGAACUUCAGCCCUUUUGCUCUUGAUCUUUGCGGCGCUGUGAUGCGACAGGGAAUCUUUGCUGGAAAGAUGUGCAAGCUUGACUGGCUGCACUCUCCCACCGCGCGAGAGACCAUGGAUAGAUGUUGCUUGAAGUAUAAUCGCUUCAUGCGGAUCAUCGCCAAGAAUCCCAAGAAAACUGCUGUUCCUACUCUCGACGUUGAUCUAGGCUGGCAUACUCACCAACUCAUGCCAUUGUCGUACUUUGUGUACACCACCAAGCGAGUGUUCAAGUACGUGCGACAUGAUGAUAAGAUAGAGGAUGAGAAGUUAAACGAUGGGUUUGAGUGGACGAGCAAGAUUUACCAAGAGAUGUUUGACGAGGUCUACUCAGAGUGUACAUGCUGGUACUGCGAGAGCGUACGAGCCGCACACGUCACAUCAAUCGGACGCGUUCUCAAGCUCUCCCAUAGCGAAAAGAUUGCCGAUAAGUUUUACGAGUCUGGAGCAGCAGAUAUGUGUCCCCCCGAUAACUCAGCCCAUAUCUCCUCCCACAACGCCGUCCGCACAUCGAACGAAGGCCUCGUCGCAGCAAGCCACGUCGAAAAAGUACAGAACAGACUUCGAGAGGUUCAGAACAAGCGCCUUGAAGAGAACUACCAAAAGGCGUGUAAGCGCGCUGAGAAGAAGGGUCGUAAGCUUCCUCCUAAGGAUCAGUACUACGACCACUGGGGUUAUUCCUACUGGAGUGAGUCUACCUCGUCCUGA